CGCACAUAUGCAAGACCAUCCGGAUGGUAGAUAACCUGUAACACAGAACAAAAGCAAGCCUCCCAUCCAUCGCCUGACAUUUUUCGCCAAAUGAUGCUUCUCCACGCGAGUCCAACGGCUUUCUGCAUAUCGUUCCGAAACCCCCCGGCUAAAGAUACCUGACCUCCCGAUCCCAGCAUUUUGCUGCAGUGCCCUAAUCUGACCAACACUUUGCCGUGUCUUGGUCAGGAAUGACGAGUCAAAGACAUGACCUUCCACACAUGCGGAAUAUCUCAGCUCGCCCUUUGGAGAUGAAACAUCAAAGAGGAGGAGGAGGAGAGAAGGAUUCAGGCCCAGAUGCAUAGGGUCAGAGGGGUAUGCACGCCUACACGGCGACACGCGCGCAUACGCCGUAUUCGGCAAUGCCCACAAUGAACACAUGGAGGCAUAGAGUUUCACGCCGUCACUUUUUUCAGUAUACACUUCCCCUUGCGCGGCGCGGAACUGUCCUAGGCUGAACUCUGUGUGGAGCCCAGCCCCUCGAUACACAUUCUUUUUGACUUUCCAACUACGAUAGCGGUUCGGUUCCUAUGCUCCGGCCUCGUACUUGCUUUUUCGCUGUGCAGGUACCGUUCCGCAGAUAUCCUAUUCCCUCUUCUUCCGUCGCCCUCGAACGACAGGCCCCUAGACUUGCUUCAUCCGAGCGCCUCGAGCGCUUUUUCUUUUUUUUUUUUUGGAGGCUUUUAGCGGAAGCUUUGAGCUCAAGGCAAUGCAUAUGCACAGGAACGUUCCCACAAUGCGCUCUAGAACGUAUUCCUAGAUGGGAAGGUGGCGUAGGGCUGUCGGCUUUUCUUUUCUUCUCUUCUCUCAAAGUCAUCGGCAAUCACUGCAAAUUUCUUUUCCUCGCUUCGAGCACGAUCCGAGAAGCUCAACAAAACCGACUUCUAUAUCAGCCUCGAAUGCAAUCGGAAAUCAGAAGCCGAUAG